AUGAUAGAUUUUCUUUACAUGUUCUCUAGCUAUCAGGGCGGGAACACACGUUCAACACCGCAUACAGACGCGACAGGAUGCCAUGCUGAAGAGAAUUAUAAAGUCCUUGUGAUACAAGAAUUUCUAAACGAGAGCAGAGAGUGUGCCAACGUUGCAGUUGGUCUCGCUUUGGCCUGCUCCUCGCACCUCGCCCUCACCAAGAUAGCUUGCAACACUGGAAGCCCCGCCCUGGCACACUCAGCGUCGGCCCGAUCACUCGAGAGAUACGCACUCAUGUUCCGGAAUCCCCGAGAGAACCGCAAGCUCCCGCCCUCGUCCAAAUUGACGCCGGCAGUUGGUCGGCCUCCCUCACCAUCCCGCUCGAGAUCAAUCUCCUCAGAUAUGGCGCCUUGCAAGACGCAGACGACGCUUGUUCCGCUGGACUGGAGCAAGAGGCCCCUUGCCUCCAAUAGCAGCUCCAGAGGCAAACCCAAGACGCCGGCAACCGGCAGCGGAAACGGAAAUAUCAUGGCCUUUUUCAAAAAGGCCGAGGAGAUAAACUGCAGGAUAUUCCUCGAGGAAAGAGGAGCGAAGAGCGUACAAGGGCUGACUGAGAUCGAUGAGGAGGACCUUGGAUGGCACGACGAAAUCCAUGAUGCCAGCCAGGAACGAUUCAACGAGAAUGAUUGUAGUGUGAAACGGCGGAAAAUCGCUGAGGAUCCACCUGUCCAAGCCUGCACUCCGCCGCCACCUGAGAGCACGAUUGGCGCACAGGAGCCCCCAACAAGACAAAUUCCUAGAGAAACGACGAAGGCUCCAAGGAGGAGCGGGCCCUUCCUCGAUGAUUCAGAGUCUGAGUCCGAGGAAAUGGACUUGCCGAUUCACCGGACAGAAACAGACCCCUUGCCGAAUACAUCUGGCGAUCUAACAAUUUCCGGGCCAACAGAGGACCCAAACGUCCCAACCAGCCACGUAGAUGGGCCUCCUCUUGCCGAUCCGGAUCCUCCUUUAUUGAAAGUGGAGGUGUCUCCGGUAGACGAAGAAGCCUUUGAUGAUUUUGAAGGCCUUGUCGAUGGAGAUUUUCCGGAAGGUGAAGAGUACAACGAGAGGCAGUGGAUGGAAGAACAGCGAAGGCUCGAGAUAGCUGAAGCAGGCAUUGAAGGCGACUUUGAUGACUUUGAUGGUGUCCCGAUGUUCCUAGAAGCGGAGACCGAGACAGACGAAAUGAUUCCCUCGUGUCCCAUAUGCGGCGCGAGCUUAGAUAGCUUCAGCGACCAAGAAGCCUCUGUCCACGUCAAUGCCUGCUUAGAUGGUGGUUCUGCGCCUCCUCCUGGCACGAGUUCUAAUAAGGAGUCAUCGACACCUAGGAUGAACAGUAAGAUCUUCAAACGACCACCGCGUCCUGCCCAGCCGCGUCAGAUAACCUCUUUACCACUUGGAGGGGCACCCACGGGACCAAAGUCCGCAUUUUCAACGCUCAUGGCAAGUCAUGCAGAGGACGCGGCAUGGGCUACGGCUGCAGCAGCCGAAUCAGCAUCUAGAGGGAAGCCAUCAUACCAGCGCACAUGUCCCUUUUACAAGAUCCUCCCCGGACUCUACAUAUGUGUCGACGCGUUCCGGUAUGGUGCUGUGAAGGAUCAGAACGCCUAUUUUCUGAGCCAUUUUCACAGUGACCACUACAUUGGUCUCACUUCGUCAUGGUCCCAUGGCCUGAUAUAUUGCAGUAAAGUCACGGCGAAUUUGGUCCGACAGCAACUACGCGUUGACUCGAAGUGGGUUGUUGAUCUGGAAUUUGAGACGAAGGCCGAAAUUCCCAACACCGAAGGCGUCCAUGUCACCAUGAUUCCCGCAAACCACUGUCCCGGCAGCUCACUGUUUUUAUUCGAAAAGGAGAUCGGUAAGGGAACGAACUCCAGGCUGCAGCGUAUUUUACAUUGUGGAGACUUCCGUGCCUGCCAGGCUCACAUUGAACAUCCCUUGCUCAGACCGGAAGUGCUGGACGCGGCUGGUGGGAAAGACAGGCAACAAAAUAUUGAUGUCUGUUAUCUUGACACGACCUACCUUAAUCCAAAGUAUGCGUUCCCACCUCAGCAACAAGUCAUCCAGGCUUGCGCCGACAUGUGCGUUAGCCUCAAUAAGGCACGACCGGAUGAAACAGACUCAUGGGAGCAAGUGAAAAAGGAAAGGGCUGGUGAAGGCAUGGUGAAAUUUGUCCACAGGCGUUCUGAAGCGAAGCUGGACGAGGAUGACGAUGAAAAGGAUGUGGAUGAAAUGAAAGCCACCCAAUGCGGAUCCAAAAAUAAGCGUGGCCGUCUGCUUGUUGUUGUUGGAACCUACAGCAUCGGCAAAGAGCGAAUUUGUGUCGGCAUCGCGAAAGCUCUGAAUAGCAAGAUCUACGCACCACCGAAUAAGCAGAAGAUCUGUCGCGCACUGGAAGAUCCAGAGCUCAACGCCCUCCUCACAACAGAUCCCCGUGAGGCACAGGUCCACAUGACACCGCUCUUUGAGAUUCGUGCCGAAACCUUGGAAGACUACCUCCGCGACUACCGUGAUCAGUUUUCGAGAGCAGUUGGCUUCAGGCCAUCAGGCUGGAACUAUCGUCCCCCAAACAGCCGCUUCACUGAAAGUCCGUCAGUUCAGACUGUUCUUCAUUCUCCGAACUGGAAGAGCCACUUCUCAAUGUGGGACCUGACUCCUCAACGAGGAAGCACGAGCCGAGCAAGUUGCUUCGGAGUACCAUAUAGUGAGCAUAGCAGUUUCCGAGAGCUCACUAUGUUCUGCUGUGCAUUGAGGAUCAGCAAAAUCAUUCCAACGGUUAAUGUUGGCAGCGCUAAGUCGAGGGAGAAGAUGAAAGCUUGGUGUGAGAAGUGGGCUACGGAGAAGAAGAAGAACGGGUUAUUCCGGCUGAAGAAGGAUGGGACCGGGUGGUAA